CGUACACCACGCACUACGUUUUGCAUUUUUAACUGAUACUUUAAUGCCAGUUUUUGCUGUUUUGUCGAGGUUUUCAUCACAUUCGAGAAUGCUGAGUAUACCUACAUUGAUUGCGACUAUCACGGGUAUGGCAAAGCGGUCUGCAUGCUCUACUUCUGGUUCACUCGGUCUUGGGGCCGAGUUCUCAGAGCAUAAUGUAGUGACGACAUUAACAGACAGUGGAGAUGUUCUCCGUAUGGUCAAAUCAGUCAUUCCUGAGCUACGACGUGGUAAACACAAGGGACAAGAUGGUCGCCUUGCCACUAUAGGAGGGUGCAAGGAAUACACUGGGGCACCUUUCUUUGCUGCGAUGUCCGCUUUGAAAACAGGUUGUGAUCUGUCGCAUGUUUUCUGCACUAAAGAUGCUGCUGUGGCAAUCAAGUCUUACUCACCGGAACUCAUAGUACAUCCAGUUCUGGACAGCCAGGAAGCUGUUGAAGAGACCUGUGCCUGGCUUCCUAGAAUGCAUACCCUCAUCAUAGGACCAGGACUUGGUAGAGAUGAAGCCCUCUUGAAGAAUGUUGCGGCAGUGAUUGAGCGAGCCAAAGAGCUACAGAUUCCUAUGGUGAUUGAUGCGGAUGCUGUUUAUCUUCUUGGUGAGACGCCUGAGAUUAUUAAGGGUUACACCAAGGCUAUUCUCACACCAAACGUUGUGGAGUUCAAUCGACUUUAUAGGAAUGUGAUUGGACAUGAUGUAGAUUCUGCCGAGGAAGUUGGCAAUGUAAUGAGGCUUAGUCAACGUCUUGGCAAUGUUACAAUCUGUAAGAAAGGAGAGAACGAUAUCAUCACCAACGGAAUCAGUGUCUUAGUAUGCUGUGGUGAUGGUAGUGCCAGACGCUGUGGAGGUCAGGGUGAUAUUUUAUCAGGAGCAAUGGGAACUCUCAGCUUCUGGUCCCACCAGGCGCUCGCCGAUCCAGAUAGAACACCCAAUGACUUCUUGAAGCACUACACUCCCACUCUCUGCGCGGCGUACGGCGCAUGUCUCCUGACUAAACGCUGUAGCGCCCUCGCCUUCAAGAAGCACAAGCGCAGUACGACGACCUCUGACAUGAUGAAGGAAAUCAGCCUCGCCUUCAGUACGCUGUUUGACGAAUGAUUCAAUCAAGGAGUUAAGUUGAGUGCAGGAGACCUGUUCAGGAUGCAUGAUACCUAAGUCAUGUACAUCAUACGACUUGUUAGAGUGAGCUGCUGUGAUUUU